AUGGCUAGUUUUAUGUACUAUCCAAAUUACGCUGGUGCCGCUGUCGCAGCUGCUGUACAACAGCAGCUGCUGCAUCAACAACACCAUCAACAUCAACAUCAACAGCAAAAGCAGCCGGUUGCUGGUGUUACUGCGUCUACUGGUGUUCACCAUGGGUUGCCUCCGAUGCUUCCAUAUGGUUAUUUUCACCAGCCACCUCAAGUUCUCACUUCUACACAUGAUCUUCAACCACCUAUUUCGCACUAUAGUCAGCCGGCAUCGUUUAUGGUACCUUCUGCUAACUUGCAGUACAUAGCGCCGCCUCCGGGAAUUGCUCCGCCUAUGCAGGCUAUGGCGCCUGUUGCCCGCCAUGUGCAACAAUGUUCUCAGAAUCGGGUGCAAUCGCAUCCUCAGCAACCACAAAAACAGUAUGUUAAUGGAGGCGUGAGUGAGGUGUUGGAUUACGACCUGGAAGUUAUGACCAGUUUUGUUGUUCAAAACUCUUAUCUGGUUUUUGGUAACGAAGAACUAAAUCCUGAAAUUUUAGAAAUUUUCAGCAAAGGUGUGCUAUCGGUAUUGAAUGCGACCAGGUUACCAUCAACCACCAUUUAUUUCGCAUUGGACUACUUGUCUAAGUAUUUGGGGAAAUUGCCACAUGGUGUCGAAUCCAUAGGUGGUGAUUCUGUCAAUGUGAUCUAUCAGAAUUUGAUGGUAGCAUUCGUCUUGGCCAAUAAGUUCAAUGACGAUAAAACUUUCACAAACAAAUCUUGGUCACAAGCUACUGGUAUGAAAUGCAGUGUCAUAAACACCUACGAAAGGGAAUGGUUAGCUGUUUUUGAAUGGCGAUUGUUUGAAGAUGGUUUUGAAAAUUACGAAGCCUACAGGGAAGCCUAUUAUACUUUUGAGAUGGAAAGGAAGUGUCCACAUCAGAAUCAGCCGCUCAUUAUGAACAACCACUUGGCUGUUCCUUCUGGAUUGAGCACUCUUGUACCACCCCCAGCCCAUCCUGCAAACUGUCAAACUGGCAAUUAUUAUGGUUCCCCCUUUUCGCAACGGGGAUAUCAUACCCCUCUUCAUGCGAAGACUGCUGCAUACUCAUCUCCAUUUUCAGAUAUCAGGAGUGAGUCAUAUAGCUCGUAUUACCAGCCCUGUUUUACAUCUCCGAUCUCUAACGCUAGUCCAGUGUCAAAGAGUCACAAUUUCGGUUACUAUAACUCUCAACAUCAUUCACAAACUGGUUCAGGUUCUGUUGUUCCGAAUUCCUUUUGGAAUAUACCUUUCGACAGAGUCAACGACAAGUAUCAACCAUCUUCUCAACCAAACAAAAAUUUAUAUUGCUACUCUACCGCUUACUAA